AUGUCUGCACUGCCAUAUACUGUAAUAACUGAACAAACGCUCCCGCCGCCGCCGCGGCCCCAACUCUCCCGCCGAGCGCCGCCCGCCAGCACCUCCCGCGCCGCACGCCACCUGUUCGACGCGGUGCCGCGCCCGACCCCGGCGCUCUGCGGCAUGCUCCUCUCGGCGCUCUCCAGGCUCUCCUCGCACCAGGAGCUCCUCCAGGCCCUCUCUUCGAUGCACCGUAAGGGCGCCAACGUCCCAGCCGGCUGCGUCCCGCUCGUCGUCAAGUCGUGCGCGCUCUCGGCUGCGUCCUGCCAGGGCAGGCAGGUGCACUGCCACGCGCUUGUCCGCGGCCUUCUUGGCGAUGUCUUUGUGCACACGGCCCUGGUGGAUUUCUACGCCAAGAUCGGGGACAUGGGGUCUGCCGUGAGGGUCUUCGAGGAGAUGCCGGUGAAGGAUCCGAUACCGAUGAACUGUUUGAUCACCGGAUACUCAAAGGCCGGCGAUGUGGCUAAGGCCAGGGAGCUGUUUGAUGGCAUGUCCAGGAGGACGUCCGCUUCGUGGAAUUCAAUAAUCGCGUGCUACUCUCACCGCGGAGAGUUCCAGGAAGCGUUGACGCUGUUUGAUCGGAUGCUGGGCGAGGGCGCGAGGCCAAAUGCUAUCACCAUCACGACGGUGUUCUCGAUCUGUGCCAAGUCCGGUGAUCUUGAUACUGGAAAGCGGGUACGGGCUCUGGUCGGGGAGGAGGACUUGCAGAACGUGAUAGUGCACACUGCUUUGAUGGAGAUGUAUGUGAAGUGUCGGGCUAUUGACGAGGCGCGUCAGGAGUUUGACCGUAUGUCGCGGAGAGAUGUCGUGGCAUGGAGCACUAUGAUUGCCGGUUAUGCGCAGAAUGGCAGGCCACAUGAGUCUCUAGAGCUGUUUGAGAGGAUGAAGGCAACCGAUUGCAGGCCAAAUGAAGUGACACUUGUUGGCGUGCUGUCUGCGUGUGCUCAGUUGGGUUCUGAUGAACUAGUAGAGCAGAUUGGGGACUACGCCGAGAGCCAAAGACUGCCACUUACAAGUUACCUAGGAUCCGCACUAAUCGACAUGUAUACCAGGUGUGGGCAUGUCGGCCGAGCCCGAGGUGUCUUCGACCGGAUGGAGCAAAAGGGGGUCAUCACUUGGAACUCCAUGAUCAGAGGCCUAGCAAUGAACGGAUUUGCAGAAGACGCGAUCGGCUUGUAUGAAAAGAUGGAGGAGGACGGGGUCCAGCCUAACGAGAUCACCUUUGUGGCGCUGCUGGCAGCGUGCACACAUGCUGGCUUGAUAGACCAAGGCAUGUCAUUCUUCGAAGAGAUGAAAAGGAAACACCGUGUUUCCCCUCAAGUGGAGCAUUGCGCAUGCAUAGUGGACCUCCACUGUAAAUCAGGAAGACUGUGGGAGGCGUACAAGUUCGUCUGUGACAUGGAGGUCGAACCAAAUGCAGUGAUAUGGACCACUCUGCUCAGUGCCUGCAGAGUCCAUGCUGACGUUAAGCUCGCCAAGCUCGCCGCGAGCAAGCUCCUGUUAAUGGAGCCCGACAACUCGUCGAUCUACGUCCUCCUGUCCAACAUCUACGCCGAUGCCGGUCUCUGGGGUGAUGUGAGGGAGAUAAGGGACCUGAUGAGGAGCAAGAACGUGCAGAAGCUGUCCGCCUACAGUUGGAUAAAGCUGGACGGUGAGGUGCACAAGUUCUUGGUGCAAGACACAUAUCACCCGAAAUCAGCCGAGAUUUACGAGGUUGUCGACAGCCUGGGGUUGCUGCUGGACCGAGCCGACUCAGAUCCCGACCUGCUAGUUUCACAGUUUUGUUGAACAACA